AUGGAGGUGUCGACGCCGUGGGGACGGAUACGGAUGCUUAGAGAAGAGAGAGGGAGGAGCGAGCUUAGCCAAGCAGGCGCUAUCUGCGUCGACAUUGCGAGGAGCAAGAAGUUCGCACGGCGCAGACGCCCCCCUGUGCGAACGGCCCCUAAUGGUUCGGCCAGGCAAGAUGGUUCGGGCCCAACGCCGCUGCAGCAGUGCAAGAAGCCAGGUGAUAAGCCACUCUCCAGGGAGCUGCUGGAGACCCUUAGGCGAGAGUGCCUCGAGCGUAGUGUGUGUACAAGAGUGGCGCGGCUGCCCAGCGUGAUUGAGAAGGCACCGCAGCCCAUCAAACUGGAGACUCCUUUCUUCAAGACGGUGGAGCCGUCGGACGUUCACAUUACUGAGACCCCCGCAACAGCCUCGUCCAAAACGGACAAGUCACAUUUAAGGUCCCCAUCGCAGACACUGCAGCAGAGUCUGCACCAACAAAACUGCCAUCAGCACCACAACCAAAUUGUCAGAAUCCCAUUGGCCAGCAUUAGGCCCGGGAGUAUUCGGAAGCACGGGAGUUCCCAGUCGGGACUUCGAGUGCCGAGGUCGUCGCCAGUGUCGGUGGAGCGUUCCCAGCGUCGGUCCAGCACGGGACUUUCAUCCCCGCCUCCGCUGCAAAGUGCAGCGCAGUCUGCACAGCAACAGCAGCGGCAUAACCAACAGCCACAGCGACAUCGGGCUUCGGAGGAACGUCCUCAGGGAGAGGGCGACAUGGUGUGCAAGAAAGACGAGAGUGAAGUGCGCGCAGGUGUUGCGAAGUGCAAUUACGUGCUCAGCGACAACUACGAAAACUUGUCUGGUGACGAGAGUCCCGCAUCGCGUUCUCUGGAGGCAUCCAACGUGGAUCACAAGGCCAUCGAACUUUUCCUGCCUCUCGUAGACGCCAUGGAAGGCCAAGGACAGAACGAUCACUCUGCUGGUGCUACAGUUGUCGCUUCGAAAGAGUUUUCCGAAAGUGCUUCUGGCGCCACCGAAGACUACGACGACCUGCCGGAGGAAGGCAGCCUCGUCAUUGACGACGAAGGCGUAGAUGGUGACCCGAGCGCACCUAGCGGUGCUGCCGUUUCGAAUAUUGCAGGUUCCAGAAAGGUGGGGUCUGGAACGAGGUUAAAGUGGCCACACGAGUCACCUACGGCUGUGACGUCCGAGCCACCGCAUGAGGCAUCGUCUAAUUCUCCCGCGCCGAGGGCAGACCUCAUCUCUGCGACCCGGAAUCAGGUCGUCGACGACGCCACCAACGCCGCCUCAAGGUGGCAACUUCUGAAAGACCUAAAGAACAAAAGGUCCAAGUUGAGCCUGCCCCGCCAGUCCAUGAGUGCCAGCAGGGCCUACUUAGAAGGCGGACGUCCGCUGACUCUUCGAGAGGCGGCGACUACGGGCGUGGUUCAGCCACCACCGCUGACGCCUCUCCAGGGUGAGUCGCCAGCCCCCUGGUGCCCGGAGGACCCGGAAGGCGACCAAACCCGAGACCCGAGAAUGCCGUGGCGCCCAGUGCCGGCGACGCCAACCAAGAAGACAGGCGGCAAGAAGCAGCAGCGCAAGAACUCGGAAGACAACCAUCGGCGGGGCAGCAGCAGCAGCGGUGAGCAGCAUGGCGACGAGUCGCGCUACAAGCGGCUCGCCCAGGAGCUGCCGGGCUUCAACUGGCUAGAGCAGAAGAUUAUGGGCCACGGUGGCGGCAACUUCGCCGACGCGUCACCGCCCAUAUCUAAGCUCGUGACCCGAGAGGCGCCUGCGGUGAUCGCUGCCCCUGCAUCUGAGAGGACGGAACAGAAGGCGCCUGCAUCGCCUCUGGAGCCAAAGCGAGUCUAUCCUCCGGGCACCGAUAUCCUGAGCCGUUCCAUGUCCGAGAUACAAGACGACUGCUGUGACGAGGAGGUUGUUGGCGAGGAGGCGCCGGUUAUGGAAGCCACUGAGAUAGCUCCACCAGAAGAGGCCAAAUCUGAAGGUGAAGAGCAACCGCAGGAUAUGGUGCAGCAGGAACUUCCAAGAGAAAUUCUUGUCACUGCACUUCCAGACACUUAUACGAGCGACCCUCGCCUUUCACAAGUGAUCACGUCUACGGCUCUUAUUCGACCGCAGUAUCCUUUGGAAGUUCAUAUGGCUGGCUCAAAUUCGGCGCUUGAGAUGCCGGUGGGUGCGCGCGGACUGACUACUGCGUCGAUGAUGACGUGCGUUCCACAGGGCAUGCAGGAAGUAGAAGGCGAGGCGAGGCUUUCUUCCAAAUCCCAAGCCGACGCCAUUGCUCAGGGAAGGGCAGCUCCGGAAGAGCAGUCGAGCGACUCCGAUGUGCUCUAUCUCGGAGUGUCCAGGAACAGCUUGUCACCGGGAUCCGAACACAGUGGAGGAGACCAUAGAACAUCGGUGAUGACCGAAGCUGACAAAGUAUCAGAGAGAUCGAGAUCCGCGGACAACAAUGUGACCCAAACCGCAAUUGCGCAAAAACACCGCGCGGGGGCGCCUGAACCAAUAAACUUAAGCGAUGCAGCCAGACGAGCCGAAAUGUAUGGUACAGCAAGGGACCACUAUUCCUUCUUUCAGCCUCAUUCAUUUACCAUGUCUGAUCAUCAAAGAUGGCUCGACGAACGUCGCUACCACGAAAUGAUGAACGCUCGUGGGCCUGUAGGACAACAGGGACACCUCGCUCCGUCACAGAUUUCGCCCGAGUUGAGCCAGAGAAGGCACUCAGGAGGGUCGCUGAUGAUGCCGAAUCGCAUGGAGAUGCCGCCACAAUAUAGGCCUCCGGUGUCUGAGCGCUCGCCGAUGCUACGACAAGUUCCACCUCCCCACCAAGGCCUGUCUCCCCAUCAAGCUCUGUCGCAGCACCAAUCAACUUCGUCGCAUCAGCCGCAUCUGCAGCACCAGUCAUCGCAUCAAGCCCAGCUUACGCAACAAGCGGUUCACUCGCAACAGCCUCCGCCGUCGCACCAGGCAAAUUACUCACACCAAGGGCAGCCUUCCCAUCCACCGCUGCCGCCCCACCAGGGACAGCUCUUGCACCAAAUGCCAGUAUCACAUCAGAUACCGAUUUCGCGUCCUCCUCAGCAAAUGCACCCAGCGGGUUCGUAUUACCCAUUGCCUCGUGCACAUCAAACGCAACCAGGCGUUCAGAAUUUUCAACCACUUCCAGCUCUGACACGUGACACGCCGCUUCGCAACGGCAGGCCAGAACUCUACCAAGCUCAGCAGCGCUACAAAACCAUGGAACAAGCGUAUGGAAUGACUCCUCACGCUCAACAACUGGGUCCGUAUGCUGUUCCUCAAUUGCCAAAACAAAACUCUGAUCCUUCUGAUAAAAACAUGUCCCCAGCGACUAGAAGUCUUCACCUAAAAGAUGGCAAGGCGGAACCUUCGUACAAAGAAAUCGGUGCCAGCCGAUCAGAAGGAAUGGGGCCUGGGGCACCGCCGACUGCUCCAGGCAACGCGAAGCCUCCAGCAACUUCACCCCACACACAACGACCAGAAUCAGCCGGCCAUUCUUCACAGACGAGCAGUCUCAAAACAGAAAUGGAAAUGCUAAAAGACGAGUUGAAAUACUUGGAUGCCUUAGCCGCUCAAAAGGAGGCUGAAUACGAGACGGUGGUGCAAACGAGAACAGAAAAGCUUAAGACCUUAACGCAACUCGAAGCUAGAUAUAAGCGGUCGCUCGAACAGCCACAGCCGUAUUCGAAGGAGGACGUUCGCUAUCCUGGUACGGCUGCUGAUGUUCGUCAGGGACAAAGACCAGCUUCUUCACAGUCAGAGAAAGCAUCCCUUGUAGAUGAUCCGAAAGCUGUUCCGAAGCAAAGGCCAUCAUCAGUCGGUGGAUCUGGCCAGCAGAAGACGUCGCCCCCAGCUCUGUCCUCUCCGCUUGCGAAAACUUCACCUGGACAUCCAGCAGUCCCUGGACUUAUUCCUUACCCACUUUCACAUCCUCCGCAACAGGCCAGACCACCACUGUCACUUGCUUCGCAUCCCAACAUUCCCUUAAACAUGCCAAUUAUGGGAGCCGGUAUGUUCAACAUGCGAAAUAUGGAGCUGCAACGAGAUUUCUCGCCCAUGCUGGGUCCUCAGCCGCUCAACUCACCACUGGUGCCAGGUUACGGCCGCCCGUACUAUUCGCUCGAUAGGAACAAGCACCCGAGCCUUCACCAUAUGGAAGCGGCAAAACCUGCCGUCAAGCGAAAAUACUCGCCUGGUAGUGCCCCUAGCCUACCGCAAUCUAACGGUGAAAUGCGCAGCACGUCUUCCCAGCGUUCCACCAUGGUGCCGACGGGACAGCGCCAGAGGGAGUCUGAGAAGGUCACCGCGCCGUUGAGUCAAGAGCACGCGCAAUGGCUUCAUGCCAUGAAGUCCCGCGAGGCUCAGGGCGCGCCACCUGGCUAUCCCACUGGUGUUCAGAGCGCUUUCCAAACGUACGGUUCAUUUCCCAACAGGCGUGUCUUACCAGAAGACCUGCCCUUAAAUCCCGCAAUGAGCAACGCCGCCUGGAGCAACUACGCGGAAGGUCUCCACGGACAGUAUGCUCUGCAGAUGGCGAAGCACGGCUUGUAUCCGGGGCAUCCCACGUGGAGUGGCUCUGAGAAGCAGCAGCAGCAACGCGUGGGUGAGGCUGAAGGCGCCGCUAUGCUAGGGAGGGAGCCUCCUGCUAAGAGACCAUCCCGUGAGGAACCAGUCAUACAUCAAAUGUCGAAAGACAGGCACAUGAUGCGACCCGGUGACAAGCCUGUUGCCCAUGCAGCGUUGCUGGCUAGUCAGGCGCCACCCCAGGAACAGGCUCUGUCGGCACAGGCUCCUCCGGUGCCGCAGAACCCGCAGAGCAAGAACAACACUUGUGUGAUGUGUGGCCAGCUUGCCCAGUACAUGUGCUCCGGCUGCCAGAACAUAUGGUACUGCGGGCCGCAGUGUCAGAGGAACCACUGGGUUAGCCAUUCCAACGUCUGCAUGGGGAGCAAGCGUUGAUGGCUCGUGUCAAUGUGUCUCACCGUGGCCUAACGCUGAAGAAACGUGGCAUGGCGAGGAUAUUGUGGGCUCUGCUUCGAUAAGCAAGCAGUACUGAUCUCGUGGUGGGCCCGCAAAGCUCACCGGGCUGAAUCUUUUGUACGACUCAAUCGAGACCUCGGCCUGGAAGAAAGCUGUGCGACGCUUGACAGAACACGCGGAGAAUCUCCUUCAAAAGUGAAUGAUGCGGGACCCAGGAGUAUCGGCGAUCUGCGUGUUCCGUGCCAUAUGUUUGCAUGCAGUGUUGCGUGUACCGCGAUCGUGUUUGUGUUUCUUUUUUUUUCGCACUAUAUUGCGUUUUUGACUCCUCCGACAACUGCUGCGUCGUGAAUGGUCGAAAAGAUGGCGCCAAUUCCAUGUUUACUGCCGUGCUCUAGUCAAAAGUUUUGUUUUCCUUGGCUACUACGUUUGAAUUAUGGCGGCGAAAAAAACAUUUGUUCGCCAUUUCACCAUCUUCAUCGUAGAGCUCUCGACGAUGCAAUGACAUUGUGAACAGUUUCCAACGAGGAAGAAUGGCACGAGCAGUGUUAACACCAUUUUACUUUCUGUUGUUUUUGAUCUUGAGUUUUUUGCGAGCUUGGCUGGAAUGAUAUCUGGUCAGCUGUGACUUCUAUUUUAGGCCAUGACCAAAGACAUUGAACAUUGUAUUGUUUUUGCCAGUGACCGUCAAGUGACUCACUUGGCUGGUGCAGCGAGAUUCAAAGUUAUGUUAUGUUUUUUUUUUACCAGUUUCACUUGCGCCAUUUUUAUCUCCUCCUUGGGGGAGCUUAGUGCUGAACGAUAUUUAUGAGGGCGUGCCCGUUUCGUACCAUAUAACUCAUCUCCACUCCACUCCCAUAACCGUUUAUGUUCUUUCUUGUUCGCUUUGUACGCAAGAAAACUUGAAUCGCAUGCGUACUCAGUGAGGGUUAAGACGUUUUUGUUACCUAGAAGUUGUAUAUUCUCUUGUCAUUCCAUCAUUGUUCAUUCUCGAUACAUUUCCAGAUUUAUUUUUUUACUCAAUGAAUUGCCGUUGACAGUGUUGAUUGAAAGAA